AAAAAUCCACAUCCCCACAUUGGAAGCCCCAAAAAACCCUCCGCGUUGCUGAGGAUACGAUACAUAUACCCAAGCGAAAGAGAGAGGAAACAGCCCCUCCUCUCGCCGCUCUCUCUCUCUAAACAGACGCCCCCUUUUCUCUCUCUAAACCAAACCAAAGAAAACCCUUUGAGACCCUUUUCUGAACGUUCCAUUUUCUUCUCUCUCUGGAAUGGAGGCGGAGCGUUUCAUGGUGGACGACCUUCUCAACUUCACCUUGGACGUGUGUGGGGAGGUGGUAGAUGACGACGAUAAUGACAAAAAUACCCUCAAACCCCCUCCCUCUUCUUCCCUAGAGUUGUUGGACCGAAACACCCAGGACCCAGAUGAGCUUCCGAGCCUCUCCCCUGAAUCUGCAGAGGAAGAGCUAGAAUGGUUGUCGAACAAAGACGCAUUUCCAGCAGUCGAGACGUGCUUUGAACUUCUCCCGGACCACCCUGGCAUUGUCCUGAACCACCAGAGCCCCGUGUCAGUGCUAGAAACCGCCACCACGACCACCACUAGCAGCAGCACAAGCAAUAGCAAUAGCAAUAGCAGCUCGAUCACGACUUGUCCAGUCAGCAUUUUAGUUCCAUGGUGUUACCCGAUGAAAGCACGGAGCAAGCGGCGUUUGAGGCGGCGACGUGGGUUUUCCGACUUGUCGAGUCAGCAUUGCUGGUGGUGGAACCACCAAGCAAAGGUUAAGACUAGCAAGAAGGAAUUGCCCAGAUUACCCCCAGCACCACCAAGUGCCACAAGAAUUGGAAGGAGGUGCCAGCAUUGCCAGGUGGACAAGACCCCACAAUGGCGGGCGGGUCCCAUGGGGCCCAAAACAUUGUGCAACGCAUGCGGCGUCCGGUACAAGUCGGGGCGGCUCGUGCCCGAGUACCGCCCAGCAUGCAGUCCGACGUUUUCGAGUCAGUUGCAUUCGAAUUCUCACCGGAAGGUGAUGGAGAUGAGGAAGCAGAAGGAGAUGGGAGGAGGAGGGAUGACGGUGGCAAAUGGAGCAUGUUGAUAUAGAGUAGGGUAGAGGUGAGUAUUUUUCCUUUGUUCUUUUUAGGAUAGUUUUAGAUUUAGGAACUAGGGUUUGUUGUAAUGGGCUCUGCUGAAUUGUUAGUGAACCGCAUCUGGUUUGUUUUCAUCAAAACACAUCAGGGGAAUUUUGACUUUUUUUCUAGUGUCAGUCAGGUAUGCGUUAUUAGAAUAGAAAACCCUAAAAAGAUUUGGUUUUGGUUUUAGUUUUUUGGCCAUCAAUUACAACUUUUUUGCUUGAUUGAUUGGAAA